AUCGAGUCCCGCCCCUGUCUACUUUUGUACCUAUAUAUAAUCCUAUCUGCUCGCUCAUUCUCCUCAGCCGAGAUCAAAAUAUAUACCUGAUCAAGCAGAGAGAUCGAGCUAGCUAGAUCAACUACAUAAGCAUAUCAAGGUUAAGAGAGCCUAGCUAGAAUCAAUAUGGCAGCUGCUGUUAAUAGUAGUACCAAUUAUAAGGCAGGCGGUAAUGGUGAUGAUCAUGUUGAGCAAGUGAGGAACCAGCAAGUGCUAGCUAGAGACUACAUAAGCGCCAUUCCGGAGGAGUCAGACAUGUACUUUAACACGUCUACCAUUAAGCUCAAAGUACCUGCAGGAGAAGAGUUCAAAGGAUCUGCGCUGUUGAAGAACCUCUACCUCUCCUGCGAUCCCUACACGCGAGGCGUUAAGCACAGUGAUUCCGCCACUACCGGACAAGACCGCAUUGUCUUCUUCUCCCCUGACUCUCCAAUAGUGGGUUAUGGAGUGUCAAAAGUUGUGGAUUCUCAGCAUCCAGAGUUCAAGGCAGGGGACUUGGUUUGGGGUAUAACAAAGUGGGAGGAGUAUACUCUCAUCACUAACAUGGAAAGCUUCUUCAAAAUCAACCACACUGAUGUACCCCUUUCCUACUACACUGGACUUCUCGGAAUGCCUGGUAUGACUGCUUAUGCUGGUUUCUAUGAAGUCUGCAAUCCAAAGAAAGGAGAGUAUGUGUAUAUUUCCUCAGCAUUUGGGGCUGUUGGUCAGAUUGUUGGCCAAUUUGCCAAACUUAUGGGUUGUUAUGUUGUUGGAAGUGCUGGCAGUCAAGAAAAGGUUGACAAACUGAAGAACAAGUUUGGAUUUGAUGAGGCAUUCAAUUACAAGGAAGAGCCCGACUUGAAUGCUGCUUUGAAGAGGUACUUCCCAGAGGGCAUAGACAUUUACUUUGAGAAUGUUGGAGGCAAAAUGCUGGAUGCAGUGCUACUCAACAUGAGACUUCACGGCCGUAUUGCCGUGUGUGGCAUGAUUUCUCAAUACAAUUACGAGCAACACGAAGGGAUCACCAAUUUGAUGCACCUGAUUUACAAGAGCAUUCGCAUGGAAGGCUUCUUCGUGUUUGAUUUCUACCACCUCUACCCCAAGUUCUUGGACCUGGUGGUGCCUUACAUCAAGGAAGGGAAGAUCGCCUAUGUGGAGGACAUAGUUGAAGGACUUGAGAAUGGUCCUGCUUCUCUAGUACGCCUUUUCAGUGGUCGCAAUGCUGGAAAAGGAGUCGUUGCAGUUGCUCGCGAAUGAUCCAUCAAAUGAAUCAUUUAAAGUCAUGGAGUUUGCCUACACUACUUGUUUGAGUGUUAUGUUCUGUUACUUCUUUGCGGUUGAUCUGCCUACAGUUUGUCACUAUGCUUGUUGAAAUUCAUCAAUCAGUACUUGUAUCUACUUUUGUUUAAUCUCUUAUGAUUAAUGAGAAAUAAUUAACAAGUUUGUCACUA